AUCCGGCGGAAUGCCUUUACGGUAAAUUACCCAAACUGUCGGAAAGAAGAAAAUGGCAGUUUCGUUGGUUUGCAGUGAGACUGUGAGCAGGGUGAGUUCCGUUCUAAACAGAGACGUCAAGCAGUUUGGGAAGAAGCACAUGUUCGAUUCCAACGAGGAAACGUGCUGGAACUCGGACCAGGGUGCUACCCAGUGGGUGCUUCUGGAAUUCCCACAGGAGGUGAGAGUCUCUGAGGUCAGGGUGCAGUUUCAAGGAGGAUUCACUGGCAACACCUGCCGAAUUGAAGGUUGCCAAAAAGACGAAGCAUUUACAAAGCUAGCAGAUUUCUACCCAGAGGACAAGAACUCGCUGCAGAGCUUUCCCAUCCACGGAGGCGCGCUGGUUCGCAGGGUAAAAAUAGUGUUUGAGAACAGCACGGAUUUCUUUGGCAGGGUUAUUGUUUACACACUGGACGUCCUGGGAGACAAGGUCUGAUGUCGUUUUUGUUUCUGGAUCACAAACCGGAAUGCCCGUUGGAAGUGACGGGCUGUGAGGAGCGGGCUGUGCCCACUGCGCCUUCCAGAGCAGGAGGGUGACGUUCAGCCAGGCCAGCAGAAAUGCAAGCGGAUGAACUGGGAGCGGCUGUCUGUCAGGAAGACUGGAGCACAGAACUCUUAAGAGAAUGAAUUGGGCCACAUUCACAAACAUUAACCCCAGUGAUUUGUAACGUUAACACUUCUUUUUUAUUUGAAAGGAGAAACAGCACUUGGGGAGUUGCUUUCAAUAUAUUACCUAGGUGCCUGAUGACCAAACAUUGAAAUAAAAAUUCAUUUUGAAAUAUA